UGUGGCACAGCCUCAGGGAGCAGCAAGUGCAGUUCCCACACAGCCUGGUUGCUGCAAAUUUUUCCACUGAUUCACCUCGCUCACCCCGUGAGCUGAGCGUAAGGAAAUGCCUGGAGGAGGAGACUCCGUCCAGUGAGCGCCGCUGGGAAAGCGGCACAACGGGGACUCAUUCAUCUCGCUCUUCUGCAAGGAGAGCGGAGCCAGCGCAGGGUCUCGGCAGCCGCCGGGCGGGGGCAGCUGCUCUCCCCUCUUUCUUUGCCGCCUUGUGAGGAGCAAGUACCCCAGUCCCCAGGUGCGUGAUCCCCCAGGAAGAGGACAGUGCCCAGGUGCAGGAGGCCACGGGUGCCCUCCGCCAUGAAGUUCUCCUGGGGGCACCUCCUGUUCGCAGUGGCCCUGGGGCUCGGGGGUACGGCUGCCGCCCACUGCCCCGGACCCUGCGUCUGCGACAACCUCCGUGCCCAAGUGCUCUGCCUCAACGGGAACCUGACAGCCAUCCCCGGAACCAUCCCGCAGCUCACCAAAAAACUGGACCUUCGGGGCAACAGCUUCACAGUCAUCCCGGCAGGAGCCUUCCUCGACACCCCAUACCUCACGCACUUGGACCUGCUGCGCUGCAAGGUGGAGAGGCUGGAGGAAGGGGCUUUCCGGGGGCUGGGGAGGCUGGUCUACCUCAACCUGGCCUCCAAUGGCAUAGCCCUUCUCUAUCAGGAGUCCCUGGAUGGGCUGUCCUCCCUCCAGCAGCUCAUCCUGAAGGGGAAUCGUAUUGAGGAGAUCCAGCCAGGUGCUUUUGGCCGUCUGGGGUCACUCACUGUCCUUGACCUGAGGGCGAACGCCUUGGUCUACCUCCCAGACAUGGUCUUCCAGGGUCUGCAGGUCCUCAGGUGGCUCCGGCUGUCCCACAACGCUCUCCAUGUGCUGGGCAAUGAGGCCUUUGCUGCUCUGCCUGCCCUGCGCAGGCUGAGCCUGGACCACAAUGAGCUGCAGGCACUGCCCAGCGAGGCCCUGGCCAGGCUGGAUGGGGCUACCCGACUGGACCUGGGCCACAACCCCAUCACCUACAUCGCCGAGGAGGCCCUGGCCAUGGCCUCCCUGAAGCACCUCUUCCUGGACCAUGCCGCCCUCCAGGAUGUGGCGCCCGAUGCCUUUGCCCGCAGCCCCCAGCUGCACACGCUGGACCUCCGUGAAAACCAGCUGCAGGGGCUGCCACCCCUGGCCGGGGCUGGGGGCCUGGCAAAGGUCAGCCUGGCUGGGAACCCUCUGCUCUGCUCCUGCCUCCUACGUCCCUUCCGUGACUGGCUGGCAUGGGCACGGGUGCAGGUGGAAGGGUCCUGCACCGCACCCCCUGCCCUCCGCGGCCGGCCCCUUGACUCCCUGCGGCCCCCCGAGAUGAGAUGUGGCCACCCCCGGCCACCCCCCAGCCCCACAGCGCCGUUGGAGCAGCCGAGGGGCGGCGGGCAAUGCCCCCAGGGUUGCUCCUGCUCCCCUGCUUUCCAUCAUGGGUCCUGCGAGAACAGGGACCUUCGGGAGAUUCCCCGGGGUUUCCCAGGGGACACCCGCCUCCUCGACCUACGCCGAAACACCUUCCGGGUGGUGCCACCAGGCUCCUUUCCUGGUCUGAAGGAGCUGGUGUCCCUCCACCUGCAGAGCUGUGGCAUCAAGGUGCUGCAGCCUGGGGCGCUGCGGGGGCUGGAAAACCUGGUCUACCUCUACCUCACCGACAACCACCUCUCCACCUUGGCAGCUACUGCCUUUGAGGGGGCCCCAAGGCUGGCCUACCUCGACCUGGACCACAACACCUUCACCCACCUGCCUGCAGGCACCUUCCAGCUUCUUCCCAACCUCAUCUCCCUCCACCUGCAGCACAACACCAUCAGGGAGCUGGCAGAGGGUGACCUGGCCGGGGCUGGGGGACUGCGCUGGCUCUACCUCGCUGGGAAUGCCAUCAAGCGCAUCGCCCCCACUGCCCUGGUUCCCACCAAGAUGCUGGAGAAGCUGCACCUGGAAGGAAACCGCCUGGUGGAGGUGCCCACAUCAGCCCUGCGGGGUCUGCCCGCCCUGAGCGAGCUGAAGCUGUCACAAAACCCCAUCAAGCAUGUGGAGGAUGGCGCCUUCCUGCCGGUGGCCUCCAGCCUGCAGCACCUCUACCUGGACAACAUGGGCCUGGAGCAGAUUUCCCCCGGUGCCUUCACUGGUCUCGGUCCCAAGAUCAGAAGCCUCUUCCUGGAGAACAACAAAAUGAGCAACAUCCCCGAUAUGAGGAACUUCACGGGGCUGGAGAUCCUCAACCUGACGGAUGUGCCUUUCCACUGCGACUGCCAGCUCCUUCCUCUGCGCAGGUGGAUCGACAAACUCAACCUCCGUAUAGGGGCCACCUGCGGGUCCCCUGCAGAAGCCCGGGGGCAGAAGGUGAAGCUUUCCACCACUUUCCAAACCUGCCCUGGCUGGGGCCGAGGUGAGGCUGGGGGAGCCAGUCCUGGCAAGACCGAGGUUGCCAGCAAGUCCAGCAAGAAAAAGAGAUCAGGAAAAUCACCAGCCAGAGGCUUCCAGAAGAGCAGAGCUUAGGAAAGGCUUGCAGGACGCAACAGGACCAUACCUACAGUCUGGUGAGACCAGUUUUUCCUAGACUUGUCCCCAAUGUGAUGACAUGGAUAUUGCAGAAGGUUCAGUGCCUGCUGGUGACGGGACUGUCA